AAGAUGCAGUCGACAUCAGUACAAUUCUGAAUACCGAUACACACGGAUAUCAACUGGUGGUGAACCAAUACGUGGAUUUUUGUGCAAGUGUUUAAAUGUUAUUGAUGGAAACGAAAAUGUGCGAUGCAAAAGUUUCACCAGUUAGACCAGAUACUUCCACAUCGUAUCUGAGAAAGAUAAAGAAGCCACUGAUAGAGCGAAAAAGACGAGAACGAAUCAACAACUGUCUGGCACAACUGAAAACAAUUCUUCUUGAGAACAUCAAACAGAAUGGCGGCACGCAAGUCUCCAAGCUGGACAAGGCCGACAUUCUCGAGAUGACCGUCAGCCACCUCCGGCAGAUACACCACCAACAGCUCAGCGCCGCCAUGGCCGCCAGUUCCGGCGUGAUCGCCCAGUACCGAGAAGGCUACACAGAGUGCGCCGCGGAGGCCGUCCGCUACAUGGAAGCGUCGCGCGCGUACCCGGCGGAAAUGGUCAUGCGCAUGCGCAAUAACCUAACCAACAAGGUCGCGUACGCACUGGGACACGGCCAGCCGCGUCUGGCUAUCACGAGCGCACCGCGUGACACAAUCUCGCCCCGAGACUACAGUGUGGCUCGUAGCCAUGGCAACGGACUUAGCAACUUGAAAUGUCACAGUGAAGGACACAAAACGCCUGUCAAGGUAAAAGUGGAGAGUUUGACCAGUCCGUGUAAAUCUCACUACUCCCCCGACAGUGGAUUUGACAGUGCUUUCUCGCCUCUGUUAAUGACCGUUCCCUACCAUACGCUGAAGCGCGAAUCGGAAUCCACGCCUAUAAGGCUUACCUCCACGCCCAUAGACACUCGUUGUGACGAUCAUUCCCCGAACAUAUCCGAAAUCAAGACCUCCCAGAAUUCCGUACUCGAACUUCCGGUUAGACAUCCGGUUCCGGUCAACGAGGUCGGAGAUUCCCCAUCUCAAAAACAAGUGUGGCGGCCAUUUUAACAUGGACACGAUUCUAUUUUUUCAAAUUGUAAAUUGUUUAUAAAUGUUAUAUUUUCACCAAAUGUCACUACAUGUUGUGCAUAAUGUUUUGAACCAAGACUCUGUGAUAAUUAUUGUCUUAUUUUUGU